AGUAUCAGUCAGAGACGGAAGAGCUGACACUCAUAUACACACUGAAUCUGAUGUGUGUAAAACAGCACUACGCGUCGAUGUCCUGUAGAUUUUUCAGCCAGUUUUUUUGUGAACUUGUAUCUUGAUAUGAUACAAACACAACCAUGGACAGGAACCCCUGGGUUUCAGCUCUCAUCAUUUUACUCCACUUUACACUUUACCUCUCAGGAGCGAGUGUCCCAAAUGUUACUGUGCACAUAUGGGAGGGGAAUGUAACUCUUACAUGGGACUAUCCUGAGGAAAAUCUUGGGGAUUAUCUCUCUCUAGUCCAGCUGCUUAAUUAUUCUGAUUCUUCUAGAGACUGGUUCAAUGUCUCCCACUGCCAACUUAUUAAAACCACCGUCUGUAAUAUUGAAAACCUUCCAGUGAAUUCAAAUUUCAAAGUGAAAGUUGGAGUACUCACGACUCAAAACAUUUUCUUGUGGAGUACUAAACGGUGGAUUAAUGUUCGGGAAAGUCAGCUGAUUGCCCCAACAUUCAGUCUGUCAUCCACUUCAUCCUCUGUGCGAGUCAAAAUACACAAGAAACAGAUACUUGAUGAAAUCUUUCCUAACGGUGUGCAAUACACUACGUACCUGUGGCCAGAUGGGAAGAAAAACCAGACACUGACAAAGAGUGAUGACACUGAUGAUGAUGAUGAUGAUGAUGAUGGCGAGAUCACAUUCAUGUCAUUGCAGUCAAUGCAAGUGUACUGUGUGUAUGUGAAGGUGGAGAGUAGCACAACUCUUGCGAGCAAUGUCUCUUCUGUACACUGCAUAAAGCUACCAUUAGAUGUGACCCUGCUUAUUUACUUCCUUCUGCUGGGCCUGGGGCUGCUGGCCAUUAUGGCGUUUAUCAUGUUCUUGAUGUGUUUCACAAGGCGACCUCGGAAAAUGCCCAGUGCUUUGAAACUUGUUGUAAAUGUAUGGAAGCCCAUGAUUAUUAAAUCUGAUCAAAUGGAGACCGUGACAGACAAAGGAUGGGUCAUCAUCACCAACAACACAGAUACAAAAAAGAGCACUGAAUUUACUGAGGAAGACAAAGAGAGGAAAGGAAGCGUGGACAGCGGAUUAAGCAUAGAACACCUGAACCUGUCUGUCAGCAAGGCAAAGACGGAGGAACAGACCGGAGAUGUACAAGUGGACAGCGGUUGUGGAAGUCUAAAAGGGACUGAGAUCAGUGGGAGUGUUGGCAGAAUCACGAGACAACUCUCCAUACAUGAGAUACACCACAGUGGUAAAGAUGAAGGAACUGAGGACAGUGGGUUGGGACUGGGCAAUCAUGAAGUGUCUGGUUCUCUAGAGGGGGAGGACACUGGACUCUUGUCCCAGGUAGUGGUUGGAGAUGGAUAUCGGAGUCAGAGUCCCUCUAGCGUGGACGUCCAAAUUGACGUGGACUCAAACUUGGCUGCUCCAUCUGCUGGAUACAGGUCUGGUCAGGUGACAUGUACAUGUUCAGCCCAUGAAUAUUGCAUUUGGUGCAAAUUUAAGAAUCCUUUCACUGUCAACUGUCAACCAGUAACUCAAUCACAGCCAGACUUUCGACAAAUUGAUGAUGGAAACUCUGUGAGUUCGAGCUACUUGAAGAAGAGUUUUAAGCAGACAGUAAACCUUUUAAAUAUGGAAGUCCCGUCAACAGAGUCCGAUAAUAACUGCGCUUCUGAGUCUUCUCUCAUUCUCUUGUCAUGUCCACUACUUCUGCAAAAUGAAAAGGAACUCGAUAGCACAAGGUCUUUCACACUUGAUAACAUGGAACUUAGAGUUUCCUGAACUGCUUGCUGGUGGCAUUUGCAUGAAAAAGGAACCAAUGUGACUGGAAACAUGGCCUUUCGCUUUCAGCUACAUUCUCAAGGGAACGUGAGAAAAGAAUGAGUCAUAUAUUCAAACACUUUUUUUUUUUACACAGACUUACUCACUGCAUAGAUUAUAAUUUUAGAUGAUUAAGAGUUUCAUCAUCAUCAUCAACUGGGGAUGCAAAUAUAAGCCAAUCUGGACAGAAUAAAGGAUGGACAAAUUGUCAGAUGGGCUAUGAACAGAUGAUCUUUCUACAAAAUAAAAAAGGCAAAGGAGAAAAUAGCAGCCAAAAUAUGUGUUGCUCUUGAUUCAACUGUAAACCAUUUGUUUUUCUGAAUGCCUGAAAUGUACUACAGUGCAGUAAUAAGAUCAUUUAUGCUUCCUUGGCCUUACGGAUUUAACUAUUCUGUGAUGAUCAAGUUCUUUAUCUGAUAGAAUAGUUAUUUAAAUGUGUAAAAACGGACAGUUUAUGACUCCUGAAAAGUCGUACUGAUUAUUCUUUUACUCGCCAAGUGCUGAAUUGUUUAAGAUGAAUGUCUGCUGUAUGAGGAAUGAUUCAAGCACAACACCUGGAGGAAUUAAAGAACAGAACAUUUUGUUCUGCCACUCAGAGUGACUUCCUCAGUCUUCAGAAACACUUUAUGUGGUAUUCUGUGUAUAUCUGAGACAUUACAGUGUUAAUAAAGCGCAACACAUAUGUGCCCUGAUCGUACAGGGGUCAGAACCGGAACAGAUUCGGCUCUGAGGAUACAGAAACAGUACUGGUCCUUAUCUGUAUUUAUACUAAGUAUAUUUAUUUAUCUACCUAUUUAUUCUUUCACUCACUCACUCACUCACUCACUCACUCACUCUCUAUCUUCGCCUUUUAGAUAGCACUGAGGAUUCCCACAUGGGGAAAUGGUGAGGAGAAUUCAAUAAAUCCUUUUAAAACCAAGACUAAAACUCAGACCAUGUCUGUAGGUAGACUUCUUCUCCUCCCCACAUGGGCUGCUGUGCAUGUUUUUGUUGGUGGAAAAACCUGCCUUGAGCAGAGAGGAAUAAAUUGUCUAUGGAAACACACAGUUAUUUCAGUCAUCAUAUUUUCAUGAUCUGUCAGUUUUAAUUAAAACUGGUUUGUCCAAUUUCUGAUCAGUUUAAUUCUAAAUUUGUAAUAACCAAUAAAUAAAUAAAAACAAAUUACUUUAUCAUAUA